CGGAACAGAACAGAGCCAAGUACAUCAACAACAAAAAUGUUUCUAAAAACUUGCCUGCUGCUGCUGCUCUGCGGCGUCAUCGCUCUGUCCGCCCAUGACUACGAGGGCUACAAGAUUUAUGACAUCAAGGCGGGCAACAGUUUCAAGAAGGAGCUGCUGCUGCAUAUCGCCAAAAAUACGGAGUAUGACUUCUUCAAUAUGCCACGCGCCUUGGAUGCUGCCACACGCGUCAUGGUGCAGCCCAAGGAUCAGGCGGGCUUUGAGCUGCUGCUGAACGGUUUCGCAUUGGAGUACACGGUGGUGGAGGAGAACUUGGGCAGCACGUUGCAAAAGGCGCAGCUGGAGAACCAGAGCCAGCGCCUCGUGGCCCAGCGUAACGCGGUGCGAAGCAUCAGCUUCACGGCGUUCCAUCGUCACGCGGAGAUCAAUGCCUAUCUGGAUGAGCUGGCCAAGGCCUAUCCCAGCCGUGUAACUGUGCAGGUUGCUGGCAAAUCCUAUGAGGACCGCGACUUGAAGACCAUCACCAUCUCCAACGGCGAUGGCAAGAGCGGCAAGAAUGUGAUCUUCCUGGAUGCGGGCAUACAUGCACGCGAGUGGAUUGCGCCAGCGGGCGCACUCUAUGUCAUCUAUCAGCUGGUGGAGAACUUUGCGUCCAAUGCCGAUCUGUUGAAGGACUACGAUUGGGUCAUUUUGCCCGUGGUCAAUCCCGAUGGCUAUGAGCACACGCACACCAGCUCGCGCAUGUGGCGCAAGACGCGCAAGCCGACGGGCAGCUCCUGCUAUGGCACCGAUGCCAAUCGCAACUUUGACUUCCACUGGGGUGAGGUGGGCGCCUCCACCGACUCCUGCGAUGAUAUCUUCAGGGGCACGAUAGCUUUCUCCGAGCCCGAAACGCAAAUCCUGCGCGACUUGAUGCUCGGCUUUUUGGGCCGUGGCAUGUUCUAUCUGACGCUGCACUCGUACGGCAAAUACCUGCUCUAUCCAUGGGGCUGGACGUCCGAUUUGCCCAGUGACUGGCGUGCCCACGAUGAGGUGGCCCAAGCGGGUGCCGCUGCCAUUAAGGAAUCAACCGGCACCAAAUACACUGUCGGCAGCUUCACGAAUGUGCUCUAUGCCGCCGCCGGUAGCAGCGAUGAUUACGCAUUCGGUGUGGGCAGGUUCCCCGUCUCCAUUACCAUGGAACUGCCCGCUGGCGGCAGUGGCUUCGAUCCCACCACUGCCCAAAUUCUGCCAUAUGUCAGCGAGACCUGGACUGGCAUUCGUGCCAUGGCCCAAAAGGUCAUUGAAAAAUAUUAAAGCAAAAAUAAACAACAAUAUUUUAUACACGAAACAACAUGUGUGUGUGCAUGUGUGUGAGUGUCUAGCGUCCCACUUCCGUUGCCCACGAUAAGUGCCACCCAUGGAGUAUUCCUAGGGUUUUCCAAUUUAUUAAACAUUAAUUAUGUAGGGCUUUAGUUGAGUGGAUACUUUUCAAUCCCCUUACGGGCCAUGGCCUCGAUGCCCACCCAGGUUUCCUUAACAAGCCUAUCAAUAUCUGACGCAGGUGGAUCAAAAUAGUUGGCCCCACCGGCUGGCAGCUCCAUAGUUAAUGAUAUGGGAAAUCUCGCAUUGAAUGCAUAAUCAUCGCUAGCCAUGCCCAGGUCGAAUUUGACAAAUGAUCAUCUUUGUAAUUAACACAUAUGUAGAUGGUAGGUGCAAAGUAUAAUAGCCCGUUUCCAGGUCUAAUUUCAUAUAUUCUUAUUUAUCGUUAAUAAUCAUGUAAUAAUUCAGAUGUACUAAUGUUUAGUAGGCUAUGCCCAGGUGUAAUUUGGCUUUACAUAUAUUCUUGUUUCUAUAUAUAAUAAAUAUUUAUAUAAAUGA